AUGGUUGUUGUGUUGCGUACAAUUUUUCUCGGCCAGUGUACUGAUCCAUCAUAUAGGAUCCCCGUGCAGACUAACAGUCGAGUUCCAGGUCGAAAGUGCGAAGGUCCUGUCGGUCGCCACAUUCGCUUUGCGGAGGAUGAGAUAUCGCCUCCGAAGCAUCACGCCCUGCUAGCUGAGCUCUCCCUGCACACACCACAGCGGAGCCAUGAUGAACGGUGGGCCUUCAAUUAUUUCAUCUGGCGAGCAGCUCCAAUAUUUGCUGGAAUCGUCGAUGGGCCAUUUUGGCUCGAGUUGAUCCCUCGGCUUGCCCAGUCGUAUGCCUUUGUCUGGGACAUGGUCAUCACGAUUAGUUGGGCUUUUGAGCACGUCGAAUAUCGAGACCUGAGGCCUGUUUUCGACACAGGCGGCUUAACUACUACUAUUCUCAACGCCGAACACCGCCGCGCUUUAAAGUGGUAUUCUAAAGCUCUUGUAGGUUUUCGUCGCAUGCUCGAGCAAGGCGAGGCGGAUAAUGUCCAUGGUCUUUUGAGCUGCAUCCUGUUUGGCGCCUUUGAGUUCCAGCAGAGGAACAUUGGUAACGCACUACUCCUAAUGGACAAUGCGUACAAAAUGCUAGGCGAGAACCUCUCGAAUUCUCCGGCCAAGCAGAUUACCGGAGACACUGGCCUCGACGAGUUAUUGACGGCAUUUACCUCGCGAAAGGCCAUCCUUAUGGCCACCCUCGCUAUCCCAGAAUGGACGUUGCUUUCAGGACAACAUAUCUCGGGACCUACUAAUGUCAGGACUUUAUCUGUCCUCGAUAAAUUCAGAGAGCAUCUAUACAUGCUCAUGUACAAGGCCUACGAGGUUGUCCGGGUGACAGAUAUAUUAGCACACGAUGAUUAUGAGUUGAAGAAGUUGAGGCCGGCACAGCAGCGAUGUCUCCAAGAAUUGCAACGAUGGAACGAUGCCUUCUUACCUAUCUUGGCUAGCUUGCGAGAUACUGAGAAAAGGUGGAUGUGGAUUUCCUCUUAUCUCCUGAUGUACUGGGGUGUCAGUCAUGUUUGGCUAUCCAGCUGCCUGAGCCCAUAUGAGCUGUCUUUCGACGAAUACAUGGACGAAUUCGCGGCCAUUAUUCAAAACGCGGAAGACGUUAUCGACCACGGCGCAGCAGACGAGAUCAACGGCGCAAUAUUCACAGGAGAAGUCCAAGUUCUCCUACCACUGUAUUUCGCAGCUACAAAAUGCCGUAAUGCGCUUCUACGCAGGAAAGCUUUACGUCUGAUACGAAAGGUCCCUCCCCGAGAAAGUGUCUGGGCGGCCCUCGCGUCCCCGCGAGUGGUCGAAAAGAUGAUAGCUGUGGAAGAAGGCCACGACGAUUUCCUCGAACAUCCUUUAACAACCUCGAUCAUCUCCCUACCACCGGAGGAGCGCCGAAUACACUACGUUGCUAUUAUCGAGGGAAACGUGAACGAGGGCCGGCGGCACGUCAAAUUGCAGUGGCAUAAAGCUGUAUUCGGCGUCGACGGAUCAUUAAGAAUGGUAGACGAGAGUGUCUGGCUAGAAGACAUCGUCGAGAAUCCUCAGGAUCUAGCACUACCAGGCUCAGUGUGA